AUGGCAAAGGAGACAAUUUAUUUGUGUAAUUAUCGAGUUUCUGUUGACGGGGAUUGGCUCUGUUUAGAGGAGCUUCACGAUAUCGAGUUGGACGUCGUUGAACAAGAGCAGAACGCAGAUGACGAUGGCGAAGGUUCUCUUCAGCGGACAAACUUGUUGAAUGUUCUGAAGCUGAUAAUAAAAGAAAUUCUAGAUUCUUCGCUCUCACACGGUCGCAUGUUGGAUGACAACAACACUGCUCUUCAGCAAUUCUUCCUGGUUCUUGAACAUAUUUUGAGACAUGGAUUGAAACCUAAGAAAGGUUUGAUGAGAGAAAAGAGAGAUCUAUGGGAAGUUUUGGAGAGGAUUGAAAAGUUUUGCAAUGAAGCCAAGGAUAUUACAUGGAGUGUCAGGGAACUACCUAGUGUUAAAACUCCACUUGGCCGAGCACGAGCCUGGCUGAGGUUGGCCCUCAUGCAGAAAAAGUUGGCAGAUUAUUUCAAAGUUUUGAUUGAUAAGAAGGAAGAAAUAUUAGGAGAUCUGUAUGAGGCAGAUUCUAUAAUGAUGGAAGAAGAAGGCAUGAUAAUUGGAGGAUUGUUGGUUGGCCUCAAUGUCAUUGACUGUUCACUCGGUGUCAAGGAUGAAGACCUCGAUCAGCCUAUGGGUGUCAUUGACUUCAGCUUGUAUUUGAAAGAGAACCAAUCACUAUCAACUAGAUCAAACAUGGAGAUGAGCAAACAGAUGGCAGCCAUAUUGGAUCAGAAGAACUACCUCGAAGAACUAAACCGACAUCUAAGCGCAACAGUAGCCAACCUGCAGCAGAAGAUGAUAUCAUUGCAGACAGCAACAACAUUGAUAAAGGAAGAUAUGAUCAUUGCACACAAUAACAUUCUACAACUUCAGCAAGAGAACUCACAGUUGAGAUCUGAGAAGGAGGCAUUAAUUGAAGAGCACAACAAAGCCAUUAAGGUUGGUGAUGAUGAUGUUGAGAUGUUGUGUGCCGAGCUGAAGAGACAACUGCAUAACGAAUGCCUACUUAAGCAGAAGUUAGAGAAAGACUUGGAGCACGAGAUGAUAGUGAACAAGGAGAUGGAGAUGAUGAUGAAGAUAAUGGAGAAGGAUUUGAAGAUCAGACAGUCGAGCCUGGUCAUCAUGAAGAAGGAGAAUGAGUCACUCAAACACAACAAUGCUCAACUGCAAACACAACUCCAAGUGUGCUUUCUCUUUUUCUUGCUUUCUCUCUCUCUCUCAACUGCAAUAAUGAUUUACUUAUUAUUAUUAAUUAUAAUGAUAACCAUGAUUACUGUAAAAUUGUUUUUGGAAUUUUAUAAUAAAUUUGUAUGUGAUGGUAUUUAUGUACCUGUUGGAGAAGAAAAUGAUGAUGGCUGGGAAUGGGCGAGGUAUUGA